AUGCAUCGACUUUUUGCUGAGCUGGAGCCAUCUGUAACCGUCACCGAGCAAAACCUGGCAGACCGAGUUCGGUAUACCUUGCGCUCAAAUACAUUUGAUGUCACCGAACUCGAACGGCUACGACGUGAGGCUGUUCCUUCAUCGGGUGAAAAUGCUGCGGCUGAGGAUGCGGCGCCACAACUUGCUGAGCAAACGGCAAAUGUGGAUGCCGCCGUGAAUACGCCAGUUGUGGUUGAUUCAAACGAUGAUGGAACAGUCGCCCAGGAACUGGAACUAGAGCAAAUGAGGAGUACAUUGGAAGAGGCGAUUGUGGAAACGCGCAGUACGACUCUCGAAAAUCGACCGCGACAUCCCCGCUUAGCCCUAAGCAAGCGGAAUAGGGCUGUCGUGAGGGCUCUGAACCCAAUGCUGGUUACCUAUUUGGAAGCCAGCCGGGACCUUUGCGAUACGGACUCAAUUCUUUUUGGCGCCGCACUGGCAGUCUGCCGUAUUAUAGGUGCCAAACUUUCCACGCUGGACGCGCUACUGGACAAAGUAGUGCUAUCCCAGCCUGGAGAAUAA